AUGUCGAUCGCAAAUAUUGUGAAAAGCUCACUUGGACCAGUAGGACUAGAUAAAAUGCUUGUUGAUGAUAUCGGGGAUGUUACAAUAUCAAAUGAUGGUGCUACAAUUUUGAAUUUGCUUGAAGUCGAACAUCCUGCUGCACAAGUUCUUGUAGAACUCGCUCAGCAACAAGAUAAGGAGGUUGGCGAUGGAACUACGUCGGUUGUUAUUAUUGCUGCUGAAUUACUUCGUCGUGCAAAUGAACUUGUAAAAAAUAAAAUACAUCCGACUACAAUUAUAACUGGUUAUCGAUUGGCGAGCAAAGAGGCAUGUAAAUAUAUUGCUGAUCAUCUCAGCACUAAAGUUGAUACAUUGGGACGUGAAUGUCUAGUGAGUGUUGCAAAGACAAGUAUAUCUAGCAAGAUCAUUGGAAUGGACGAUGAUUUUUUUGCGAAUAUUGUUGUUGAUGCUAUUCAGUCGGUAAAAUCUAUAAAUUCACGUGGAGAAGUUAAAUAUCCCGUAAAAGCUGUGAAUAUUCUUAAAGCACAUGGUAAAAGCGCUCGAGAGUCGAUUCUUGUAAAAGGUUACGCACUUAACUGUACCAUAGCGGCUCAAGCCAUGAAAACAAGAAUUUUAAAUGCAAAAAUUGCAUGUCUUGACAUGAAUUUUCAAAAGGCAAGAAUGCACCUUGGGGUUCACAUUACUGUUGAUGAUCCAGAUAAAUUGGAAGACAUCCGUAAACGUGAGGCCUCCAUAACAACUGAACGAGUGCAAAAAAUUCUCGCAACCGGUGCAAAUGUUAUUUUAACAACAAAGGGAAUAGAUGACCUUUGCUUAAAACUUUUUGUGGAUGCUGGCGCUAUGGCAGUUCGUAGAUGUAAACAAGAUGACCUCAGAAGAAUUGCUAAAGCUACUGGAGCUACGCUUGUUUCCACGCUUGCAAAUCUCGAAGGAGAAGAAACAUUCGAGGCAUCUUAUCUUGGUUCAGCAGAUGAAGUCGUACAAGAGAGAAUUUCCGAUGAUGAAUGUAUUUUGAUUAAGGGCACUAAAGCUCAAAGUUCAGCUUCAAUCAUAUUACGUGGAGCUAAUGACUAUAUGUUGGAUGAAAUGGAAAGAUCUUUACAUGACUCAUUGUCGGCUGUCAAAAGGACUUUGGAAAGUGGUAGCGUAGUAUCAGGCGGUGGUGCAGUAGAGUCUGCGUUGAGCAUCUAUUUAGAAAAUUUUGCGACAACACUGGGAUCACGUGAACAACUUGCCAUUGCGGAAUUUGCCAAUGCACUCCUUGCUAUUCCAAAAACUUUAGCUGUUAAUGCAGCAAAGGAUUCAACCGAUUUAGUCGCGAAAUUGAGAGCAUAUCAUAAUGCAUCACAAAAUGCACUGCCGGAUGAUCCAAAGAAAAACCUUAAAUAUUAUGGUCUUGAGCUCUUUAAAGGAGAAGUUAGAGACAAUUUACGAGCCGGUGUUUUAGAACCCACCAUGUCCAAGAUUAAGUCGCUCAAGUCUGCAACCGAAGCAGCCAUUUCGAUUCUCAGAAUUGAUGAUAUGAUCAAGGUUGAACCAGAACAACGUGGAGGAGACGAGGAAGGGCAUUAA